AGACCCCUCAAGUGUUUGUGUUUGGGUUAGCUAGCCAACAUCGGCUAGCUAGCUGCCUUGCUAUUGAGUUACUUAGCGUUAGCUCGGAAUGCUAAUCAGAAGUUAACGUUAACUAAACUUAUUGAGAAGGGGCAGACUAGUUAUUGUAGUUGGUUUUGUCGCCUAACUGGAGCUAAAUACGUGGAGCAUUUGCACGGAUCAGACAAAUAUCUUCCGCCAUUCAUUUGUAAACUAAGUUGUCAACCUGACUGGCACAACGAACAUUGUUCUACAGGUGGAACUAAGUGGACUUUAUUAAGGGGCUCCCUAGCACUCGGAUCUGUUCUUCUCUGUCCCAGGUUCAGACUGCUUGGUCUAUGGCUCUGAUGGACAAACAUAAACAGGUCAAGCGGCAGAGACUUGACCGCAUUUGUGAGGGUAUCCGACCCCCCAUCCUGAACGGGCCAAUGCACCCGCGCCCACUGGUGGCCCUGCUGGACGGGCGCGACUGCACUGUGGAAAUGCCCAUCCUCAAAGAUGUGGCCACGGUGGCCUUCUGCGACGCCCAGUCCACACAAGAGAUUCACGAGAAGGUGCUAAAUGAGGCAGUGGCCGCCCUGCUGUACCACACCAUCACUCUGUCCAGAGACGAUUUGGAAAAGUUUAAAGGCCUUCGAGUAAUUGUCAGGAUCGGCUCCGGCUUUGACAACGUCGACGUGAAAGCAGCAGCUGAGCUCGGCAUUGCAGUUUGUAAUGUGCCAGCCUCCUCGGUGGAAGAGACAGCCGACACUUCGCUAUGUCUGAUCCUCAACUUGUACAGGCGAGUCACCUGGAUGCACCAGGCCCUCAGAGAGGGAACUCGAGCCUCUAGUGUGGAGCAGAUCAGGGAGGUGGCAGGCGGUGCCGCGCGUAUCCGGGGUGAGACGCUGGGCAUCAUCGGUCUAGGGCGUGUUGGCCAAGCGGUGGCUCUGCGGGCUAAGGCCUUUGGUUUUGGCGUGAUCUUUUAUGACCCCUAUUUGCCCGACGGCGUGGAGCGCUCACUGGGCCUGCAGCGCAUGGCCACCCUGCAGGACCUGCUCAUCCACUCUGACUGUGUAUCCCUGCACUGCAGCCUCAAUGAGCACAACCACCACCUCAUCAAUGACUUCACCAUCAAACAGAUGCGUCAGGGAGCCUUCCUGGUGAACACGUCAAGAGGUGGUCUGGUCGACGAGAAAGCAUUGGCUCAGGCCCUAAAGGAGGGACGGAUACGAGGGGCUGCCCUGGACGUCCACGAGACAGAACCCUUCAGUUUUUCAACAGGCCCUCUGAAGGAUGCCCCCAACCUGAUCUGUACCCCGCACACAUCGUGGUACAGCGAGCAAGCGUCCGUCGAGGCUCGCGAGGAGGCAGCCAGGGAAGUGCGCCGCGCCAUCACUGGGCGUAUCCCUGACAGUCUGAAGAACUGUGUGAAUAAGGAGUAUCUGAUGGCAGCCUCUCAGUGGCCCAGCAUGGAGGCCGCCACUGUUCACCCAGAACUUAACGGAGCUACCUACAGAUUUCCUCCAGGUCUGAUCAACGUUGCAGCAGCAGGGGGUCUCCCAGGAGCUGGCGCAGGGGUAGAAAGCCUGGUUUCAGGAACCCUGGCGCACGGCAUCGCCCCAGUCUCUCAUCCCCCACGUGCCCCCUCCCCGGGGCAGCCUAAUAAGGCCGAAGCCGACAGAGACAUCCCCUCUGACCAAUAGCCCCCCCCGCCGCCGCCAGCACAUUCCGUCACCUCUGGAAACCACCCCACCACCCCCACCCCACAACCCCCACCUCUCAGCAUCAGACACAGCCCGACCCUCCAGUACAUCAUCGGCAGCACCAGUUUGACCUGACGUGGAUCUACACAGUCUUGUUUCUCAGAUCACAUAACCAGCCCAGGAUAGACCCAUCCCAUCCCCACCUCCCAGAACACACACCCUUCCAUCCUCGUCCUCAUCUCACCCACCCACCCACCCACCUACCUGCCACCCCGUCCCUCCCUCCCCUUCACUCCCCCACAACGUCAGCAAUAACUGUUCUCAAGGAUUCAAAGAUUGGAUUGGUUUAGUUCCUUAGUUGGCCGUUGUUUUAAUGGAAAUUUGAUCUGUUGUGGUUCUAGGUGUUAAUGUUUGUUUGUUUGUAAAAAAAAAAAAAAAAAAAAUGCAUUUCUGACAUGAGGCUUUACAGUUUGCAGUCCUCUGACCAGAAGAGGCAGAAAGGUUAAAGCCCCCCUUUGUACAUUAAUGGCUCAUGUUACUGCUCUCUUCUUCUUUUCUUUUUUUUUUUUCUCUCCCUCCCUCCACCUUUCUUGUGAUGGGGGAAAAUGUGUACUAAAGUAAACCAGACAGAAUCACAAACUAUACAUCCUGUCCUCCCCCACCAGGCAUCUAGCUACCCUCCGCCCGGUUUUGCUCUUAGCUCCCCUGACACUGUCGUCAGCUUGCUCAGCAGAGUGCUGUCAGUGUGGAGCUCUCUCAGACUGUCAGAGUGUGUUUUUAUCUGAUCAGCUCAUACUUAAACUCUCAACCCCCCCCCCCCCACUGAACAAUGUUCCUUUUGAUGGAGUGAUACCCAAGAUCCUUUGUCACCUCUUACUGCUGUGACCGUCUAGUUGAAGGACAGUCAUCCCCGUUUCUACAUGCUUCGCCCCUCAUGGAUCGUUUUUGUUACGAGAUAAUAGCUUAAGAGUGUCAUAUCAGAGAGCACCUACAGCCGCAGUGCUGUGUGUGAGGUCCUUACACACGGUGCCCACACAGAAUCAAACGCAGCAGCUUUUUCUUACUGGGGGGGAAAAAAAAAAAACAGGAGCAUGUCAGGGGCCUCGCCAGCAGAGGGCACUGUCUGUCUGAACACUCAGACGCUCACACGCUUUCUGCAGCUCACUUCAGUCAACCAGACGGGACAGUUACGGGUUAGCUUUAGUGACGUGAUCACACACUGCCGACAUACAAAACACAGGACGGGUGACCAGGGAUCAACCACCGCCUUAUUGUUUUAAGAUCUCACCGCACACCCCACCACCACCACCACCACCACAAUCCAGCACCCACCCGCUCACCCUCCACUCCUCUCCCACUGUCAUGGCCCACCCUACACAUCUGCUCAUGAACCAGUAUGCAUCCACCAAUUCCUUUAAACGUGAGGGGACAGUAGAGUUUAGAUACCCUAUAGGAGUAAGGGGGACAGUGUUCUGCUGGCUUUGUUAAUGACAGUGGUGUGUUUGUGUGUGUCCGUGUGUGCGCGAGCAUGCGUGUGCGUGUGUGUGUGUGUGCGUGCGUGUGUGUGUGUGUGUGUAUGUGUGUGUGUGUGUGUGUGUGUUCCCUCACUCUGUUAUGAUAACAAGCUGUUGUCUUUCCAAAGGAAUAGUCCCUAGGAGUAACUCUUUAACGCUGUUGCCCUGGUGUCAAGGGAACACCUUUCUAGUACCUCAGUAACAGAUAUUGAAUGUACCGUGCAUACCCUUUUAUUUUUUGUACAGAUUUUCUAGAUACUUCUUUACUAUUCUUUACCAGAAGGGUUGUGAAAUUGUAGCAGUAACGAUACAAUAAAAGAAGAACAUUGCCCCAUGAAAUAAAUUGACAAAAUCUUUGUAGGUUCUCUAUAGGUUACUGAAUACUCAGGCUUCAAAACCAAUGUUUAUCUCUUUGCCUUUACCUUUUUUGUUCCUCAUUGUGGAAAAUUCAGCACAACGCUUUCCCGUUCUUAGACUCCAGCCUGUAGUUGAUGUGUUUUGACCUCCAUCUUACCGGCUAAUGAAAAAUGAGGAAAAAAGAAAGGUGGUCGUCGUGGUCUGCUAGUUUUCUUUUAACUAGAACAAGUAGUUGUAGAUGCUGUUUUGUUUUUCUUUUUGAACCCCCCCCCCCCCCUUUUUCAUUGUCAAGCUGCUCUAUCUAUAGUGCAUGUGAGGUAAUUUUUUAGGGGAAAAAUUAUUGGCUUAAAAAUUUAGUGUCAUCUUUGCUGUUUCCCCUCUGCUCCCCGGGCCUUUCCCUUCAACCCCAGAGUGUUUUCAACCCAAGUUGCCAUUUUGUCGUGGUCAGUUUCCAUUGAUGUACAGUUUUCCCCUCAGAGUCUAUGAGAGACAUGGAGCAUGUCUGUGUCCUGAGAUGCUAGGCUCCUCUGUCAUGUGAUGAGUAUAUAUUUUUUAAAAAUAACCCCCAUAGUUCGGAUUAUGAGCAUAAUAGUAAUCUUAAAUUUUGCUGUUGAUGAUGAUUAUAUAUAUUUUUUUUCAGUUCAGCAGUGCACUGUUAUGAAAACCGUUCUGUUUUAUUGUAGGAUUUCAUUUUUAUGGAUAUGCUGUCUGUGUUCUACAUGUUGUACUGAAACAUUUCAGAGAAAACAAGAGAUCCCUCUCCCAGUGAUUUUUUUUUUUUUUUUUUUUUUUUCUUUUCUUUUCUUUACCCAUCUUAUCCCAACUGUCCUUCCCAGCUGAUAUCCUCUGGGCCUUACUUGUAUUCUCCCUGUAAAAGUAGCUGUUAUAGAAAGUCGCCAUGGAACCACUCACUGCCUUAAUACAGUUGACCACAGCAGGUGAAGUCAGGAGACACACCCAGUCGAAAAGAACGGGCCAGGAAUCAAGGCCACUCCACAAAAAGCUCCUCACACCCCAACUAGGUCUAAAUCUACAGCACCUUGCAUUUCCUUUUCAGUAAUGAACCACAUAAAGCCUUUUGUUUUUGGCUCAAACACAUAAAUACAGUGUGAAUUUUUCUGUGCAUUAAAAAGAUGCUUUUUUUUUUUGUUUUGUAGUUUUUAAAAGCUCAAGUCAGCCCGGCAGUGUGUAUGUGCAUAGGCUAACAGAUAAGCACAGCGUGUAUGCUCACAAAACCACAGCUGAUAUUUCACUCUUGGGUGUGAGAAUGCCCCCACCCCACCCCACCCGCCGCCGCCACCACCACCACCACCACUCUGGGUCUCUUAAAGCGUCUUUCACACUGCUGCCAGAGCCCCAGUGGAGCUGGAAGGAGGAGGAGGAGGAGGAGGAGGGGGCACAGCGGACACUGGUGUGGUCUGUCAAAAAAAUUUAAAAAAAAGCUGAAAACUAUUACGGUGAGAAUCGGUCACUUUUUCUCUCUCAGGGUUCAAAUGCACACAUAUCCUCCAGCAGUCGCCCUCUGUCUCGUGUCCCUCGUCCCAAGUUUUCCUCCCUCAGAAUGUAGAACAGCCUCUUGUGUUGUUUUUUUUUUUGUUUUCUUUUUUUUUUUUUUUUUUAGAAACCGCUCUCCCCUCGUUCCCCUUUGUGCACAGGUCUGAACUUUUUCUUUUUUUUUUUUUUUUUUUCCUGUUUUGCUUCCUUUUGGCACUGACAUCUAACCAUCUAACGAGGAAUGAAUGAAUGAAUGUUUGAAAGUGACUGUGUGUAAUGUUAAAAUUGGGAAAUGUAUUUUUACAACAUGUG